AUGGACGCCGAUAUUGCUCUCCGAUGCCUAAAUUAUAUGCCAUGUUGGAGUUAUGAAGUAAAAUUGUUGGGAAUUGCUUACUCUUCAGGAAGGAUCGAGCUUCCUUUUUAUAGAUGGGCUUUUGUCUGGUUCAUAAUCUUUCCACGUGGGUCUUGCUUUGGCCUCGAGGCCAUAAGGAAGGUGUCUUCACUGAUCUACUACGUCUUGGAUGCGAUUACAAAUGACAUAUCCUAUGUUGGGUUCUCAUCCAUCAGAUCAACUGGCGAGAAAGAUGAAAUCAAAUGCUACGAAAAUGGACACCCAACAUUGUUUACCAUUAAGUUGUACCAUGGAGGUGAGUUCACCAAGUACCCUGAUGUUCGUUACAUUGAUGGAACUGUAAACUAUGUUGACAUGGUAGACAUAGAUGAGUUUUCAGUUCAUGAGCUCGAUGCAAUCAUGAAGGGUUUUAGAUAUGGGGUUCCUCCUAUUAUAUACUACCAUUUUCUUGUGCCUGGUGGAGACUUCCACUUUGGUCUUCGCCCUUUAGGAAAUGAUCAAGAUGUUGCAAACUUUUCUCAAUAUGUCAGUGAGCACAAAGUGAUGAAGGUAUACACAGAGCAUGGUGAAACAAGACUACUCACCUAUUUCUUGAUUCCAUGGAUGAGGAUUCUGACCAGGACAGGAAGAGAAGAGCAGUUUUGA